AUGCAGGGGGAAGAGCUGAGGCGGCGAGACACGCGUCUGAGCCAUUUCUGGGAUGGCUGCGACUAUGGAAACGACGCUGAUGCAGGUUCCUCAGCCGCAGCUUCCCGGGUCUCAGACGAUCGCGCCUUCGCCGCUGAUCCCCAGGCUUUCUCCCAGCUUGUCAAAGGCCUCGGAGCGGCUGACGCUCAAGGCGUGCACGACCUCGUACCUUCUGGCCCCUCAGGUACCGUCCCAGAGCCGUCGGCGUCUGCCUCAACUCUUCCGCCUCUCGUAAGGCGAUCGCGUUCACUGCAAGGAGUGUCCCGGCUGGGAAAACUCCCUAAAGCUCUGGAAGAACGGUAUCGGGUGGUUCGAAAACUGGGCAGCGGGGUGUACGGCGACGUGUACGUGUGUUCGUUCAUCGGAGAUGGUCAAAAAAGGAAUUGGCGGGUGGAUGCAGCAGGAAGCCGGGGGGAAGAGGCGCCAGGCGACUUCACUGGGAGUCGAAACCCAGACGGGACCGUCCAUGGCAUAGUUUCAGCCGGCGAACGACCUCGAGGCGAGGGAAACCCCCUCUUUGCGAUCAAGCGUGUGCGUCUGCCAACAUCAAAACUGAAGUCCCUGUUUGGCAUGGAGCAGCAAGUGCUACGGGAACUCACAGUGCUUCGUGGCCUCAGCCAUGUGAACAUCCUCAAGCUCGAGGCCUUCUACUUUGAACUGGAACCCUGGGACCGCAGCAGCCUCUUCCGCGCGGCAGUCAGGCGUGUGACUGCGGCGGUCCUGCGAGGAAGCCGGCGACACGCAUCCAGUCAUCGAAGCCCCGAGGCGCCGCGAGGCGAGAGCAAUUCGGAAGGCACUGAUGGGAGCAAAGGCGUGGCCGACGGCUUUUCCUUUGCGUCGACAGAACUGUCUUCGUUCAAAGAGGCGCUUGCGAAGGCAGAUCGCCACGCCGAUUCCGAUACGGAGAUUCGGAGGAUCCAGGAGAAUGCUGUGGCCGCACACGAGGCUGCUCUGAAGAAAAAGCUGAGACCCGAGCAGUUCUACCGUCCAACUGUUUACAUGAUCUUCGAGCUCUGCGACUGUGACCUGGCGAAGUUUGCCGACAUGCGGUACAAAGCGUUCCUGGAAUUCUGGCGUGGCGCUUCACAAGAAACCCGGACAGAUGCUGAAAGUGGUGCGGGGAGACAGCCGCUCGUGAGGGGCAACGCUCCUCGAGGGCAAGCGCCUCCACUUCCAGGACUGACCGAAUCCGAGGCUCAGCUAAUCGCGUACCAGCUGUUCCAAGCCCUCGCCUACUGCCACUCUCGCGGCGUCCUCCAUCGGGAUGUUAAGCCACAGAAUGUGUUGAUGAUGCGCGAUGUCGACGCAGACGGGACGGAGCACUGGGUUGCGAAACUCGGAGACUUCGGCUUGGCGUGCUGCGCGCACACCGCAGAUCCCAGCCGAACGGAGGAAGUGGUGACGCUACUCUAUCGGGCUCCGGAGCUCCUGCUGGGCCGCACAAAUUACGAUGGAGCCGUUGACGUCUGGUCCAUGGCGAUUGUCAUCAUCGAAAUCAUGGUUGGCCACCCGCCGUUUAAGGCCCGAAAUGAGGUCGAAAUGCUCGCGAGAAUUGCUCACUGCGUAGGCAGUUCAACUGCCCAGGAGCUGCGCGAAAUUGCUCCAAAUCCUACUGCUCUUGAGGCGGUUCUUCCUCUCAUUUUGAAGGAUGCUGCAGAACCAAAGUUGAAGAAUUUGCUAACCGACCGGUUUGGCCGGCAGCUCCUCAGUGAUCAAGGACUCGAUUUUCUCACGAGGCUCAUGGAAGUCGACGCUGCAAAGCGGUUGACAGCGGCCGCCGCGUUGCAGCAUCCGUGGCUACGGCCUGUCUUGGAUCGGUUCCCGAACAAGGACGUGUAUAUCCAGCCGCAAUCGAAGUGGCAGCUGCCGACGUCUUUCUUGGCAGUGGAUCCCCUGAGUCACAACUUUUUCUUUUCGCGGCAACAGCCAGAGCUGAGGGUGGACGUGGCGAAAGAGCUGCCAGCCCCCCCCGCAGUCUCCACGAGUUUAUCCAUGUCAAGCAAGUCGCAGAACCAGGCAGACUUGAAGGUCAGCGAUCUCUGCUCGAACGCCUGCUCGACGCUGUCCACGAACGAUCUGGAGAACAAGAGAGCGUGGAACGCGCUGCGCCUGUUGAUGCCGUGGGAAGAGGCACCACUUCCCAGAAGUCUCUUUGACAUGCACCGAGGCCCGCACAUGCUGACUGAAAUCACUCCGCGGAUGGUCACGUCGAUCUAUAACCGCUGCGGCCUCGGAAAGAUGCGCGCGACACCUUGUCAGUGGGAGGCCGCGUAA